GGUUUGAAAUCCAGUUAUGAUGACCGCGAAUUUUUAAGAGACACUCACGUGGUGACGGUGCCGCUUUCAUUUCUAAUUUCUCUUAAGUUUUCAUCUUGAGUUUGGUGUUUUCAAAUCUUGUACUUUAAAGAACAAUGAGUGUUAAAAAUUUAUUUCUUUUUGUUGUGCUUUUGAAUUUUUACCAGGAAGUAUUUUUACAAGAUAUCUUCGUAAGUAAUUUAGACGAUAAAUGCCUUCGAUGUUUAUGUGUCGCAUCCUCAAAUUGUGAUAUUAAUUUUCCAUGUACAGAUGGUUUUUGUGGACCAUAUAUACUUAGUAAACCAUAUUAUGAUGAUGCCACUAAAGGUCGAGAUAUGGAUCCGACAAAAAAAGCAUUUGAGAAAUGUGCAUUAGAUUACACUUGUGCGAAAAAAAUUGUUAAAUACUACGUAGCAAGAUUUGCAAAGGAUUGUAAUAAAGAUGGUGUUACUGAUUGUACCGAUUAUGCAAUGAUUAACUUUAAUGGUGGUUAUGGAUGUGAAUUGGAUUUGUUUAGGAGUGCUUAUGGUAGACAAUAUGCCGAAAGAUAUUAUAAUUGUUCUAUUUGAAGUGAGAAGUGUCUAAACAUGUCAUUAAGAUCUAAAAUUUUAUGUAUUAAUAUUUAUUUUUAUUAA